CAAAUUUUAAGCACCAUUUAUUACCCAGGAUUAGUUCAUUCAAUCUUCUAUGAAUCCACUUACCUGUACUGUCUUCUACUAGCUCACACUUUUUUAUCUUAUAUACAGUGAGUUUCUUUUUGAAUCUAUUUGUCUGUGAGACUAAGAAAUUGAGUUGUCAAUGAGUCUGAGACCAAAGGGUAAAGGUGACUGUAUCUUUGAGUUAUGAGUUGUUGAUCUGAAUCCAAGUCAGUCAAUAUAUGGGUCUGACUCUGAGACCAUCUGGGGGUCAGUCUUAGUCUCUGUUGUAGGGAGAGAAUGUGAAUUUGUCACUUGUCUGGAGGAGAGGUGAUUUCACAGACACUGUCUUCCCCAUUUCUGUAUUUGGAGGCAAUGAACCGCAAUUGCAAUGAGAUGACUAAAAACAGGCGACAGAAAAGGAGCAGAGUGACUUCCUCAGCAGCUUUCAGGUUCCUGAAGCGAUGAAGAGAUAUCCGCUCAGAGAUCUUCAAUGGUUAGCUCUCACCACCCCAUGGCCUCGGCCUGCUGAGCCCACCUGGCUUUUAGUGGGGGAGGGGGGUGGGGUGUGGAAGAGCACCCCACCCCAGCGGGGGCUGGCCAUGGGCAGCCCCUACGAAGACUACCUGAACCCCCACAAGGUGUUUGAACACUACAACUUCACCAAGGAGACCCCGGCCCCCCCAGACACGCCAUCCCGCCAGGCAGCCUCGGCGUUCAUCAUCCUGCUGUGCUGUGCCAUCAUCUUGGAGAACCUGCUGGUGCUGGCCGCCGUGGCUAGGAACAGCAAGUUUCACUCGGCCAUGUACCUGUUCCUGGGCAACUUGGCAGCCUCGGACCUGCUGGCGGGCGCGGCCUUCAUCGCCAACACGCUGCUGUCGGGUCCGCGGACGCUGCAGCUGACCCCGGUACUCUGGUUUAUCCGAGAGGGCACGGCCUUCAUCACCCUCUCCGCCUCCGUCUUCAGCCUGCUGGCCAUUGCCAUUGAGAGGCACGUGGCCAUCGCCAAAGUGAAGGUGUACGGCAGCGACAAGAGCUGCCGGAUGCUGCUGCUGAUUGGGGCCUGCUGGGUGAUCUCGCUGGCGCUUGGGGGGCUGCCCAUCCUGGGCUGGAACUGCCUGGGGCGGCUGGACGCCUGCUCCACCGUGCUGCCGCUCUACGCCAAGUCCUACGUGCUCUUCGUGGUGACUGUCUUCACGGCCAUCCUGCUGGCCAUCGUCGCCCUCUACGUGCGCAUCUACUGUGUGGUGCGCUCCAGCCAUGCCGAGCUGGCCGGGCCCCACACCUUGGCUCUUCUGAAGACGGUAACCAUUGUCCUGGGUGUCUUCAUCGUCUGCUGGCUGCCGGCCUUCAUCGUGCUCCUGCUGGACACCUCCUGCCCUGUCCGGGCCUGCCCCGUGCUCUACAAAGCCCACUACUUCUUUGCCUUUGCCACGUGCAACUCUCUGCUCAACCCUGUCAUCUACACGUGGCGCAGCAGAGACCUGCGGCGGGAGGUGCUUCGGCCCCUGUGCUGCUGGGGACCGCGAGCACGCCAGGACCGAGGUGGGGCCCCUGGGCGCUGCCUCCUGCCCCUCCGAAGCUCGAGCUCCCUGGAGCGGGGGACGCACAUGCCCACGUCGCCCACCUUCAUGGAGGGGAACACGGUGGUGUGAGGGGGGGGCUAUGCUGGCAGGAGAUGCAUCUUGGGACCCACAAGGGGGUCUCCAAGGCAUAAAGGUCGGGGAUGGGAGGUGAGACAAAAUGCUCUUUCCCCAAAAGCCUGACACCAGAGUAGAGAGCUGUGAGGAGCCGAGGUUGUUACCACUGCCCUGGUAGCGCCUCAUGUUUCCUACCCCCCUUACUUGUUCCUUCCCUUGUGUAAAUAGCUAAUGCCUUUAAUUUCCAUUUUUCCAGUUUCUGCAGAGUACAGGGGCUCCUCCCUUUCUGUCCUUCCAACUGCACAAGUCCACAGCUUCCCCAAAUCUUGACAGCUGACAGUUAUAGCUCCUUCCUUUCCUCACCCCACCACAUGCUGGGAAAUCACAAGAUGGGAAGGGGGAGGGUGGCCAAGCCUCAUUCUCGGGCUUCUGUGGCUAAAUGCGCUGUUGGAGGGAGGGGGGGAGUGAAGGGAGAAGAAGCUGAAGUUCCAGACUUGAUGUGGAGGAUUGGGGGAACAGGGAGGAGGCCACUCUGUGGAAGGCCUCCCCCCAGGAGCCAGGUUCCCCCUCAGGUCUUCUGUCAUCUUCCCCACCCCCACCCCCCAUCACUGGUUAGACCAGUUUGGGGAGUAGGGGAGUACUCCUGACAUCCCAGAUUAAAGGAGAAAAAAACUGGGAUUAGCUCUUGUGGGGGUCACAGGCUACUCUCACCAGGGACCCCCAGAGCCAGGUUCCCCCUGCAGGUCUUCUGUCAUCUUCCCCCCCUCACUGGUUAGAGCAGUUUGGGGAGUAGGGGAGUGCUCCUGACAUUCCAGACUGGGAUUAGCUCUUGGGGGUGUCACAGGCUACAUUCACCAGGGACCCCAAGUUCAGUGUUCCUGCUGUCCUCAUGGCUUGCCUCCCCAUUUAUCCAUUCUUUGCCAACCCCUACAAGCUAUGGUUUCCUGCACAACACCUCCAACCCCAGCAGACUGGCUAUUAUUACCCAGUUCAAAUUCUAUUGAAUGGGAGUUGGAAGAAUGAAUGCCCUGAGGCUUGCUGUCCUUCCACACCCCCUAAAUCCACAGAAAAAAAUCUGGUGUCCUGUGGAUGGAAGGGAACCAAACGGUACAAAUGAAAAUGUAUAUUUAUGUCUGUGAGAGUGCGUGUGCUUUUGUGUGUGUGUGUGUGUGUGUGUAUGUCUCCAUCUCCCCACCCCUUUGUUUUUCCUCAGUGACUUGUAAUUUUAAUGUUCCACAUUUUUGUUUCUCUGGUCUUUGUUGAAGUAACCCAAGGGGAGGGAGAAACAGUUCUCUCCUUCCGAUCCUAAUGCUUCUUAUGGAAUGACUAGAAAGUCAUUCCCAUUGGGGGUGGGAUUAGGAUCUCACCCGGGGCCUGCUGUCCACUAAUAGGGCAAAAAGGUCCUCAAAGGACUCUGAGACUUUUUACCAAAGACAAUUGCAAUGAAGAAAAAAAGGGGGGAGAGGGACAGACUGCAUACUAUGUCUGCCUUCUUGAGAAAUCCCAAAUAGCUCUCCCUUCUCGAAGCACCCGACCUUGGAUUGAUUAAAACGGUUCAGUUUGACUUUUCUCAGGAUUUCCAUUUUGAGCACUGUCUUCUGCCAGGGUCCUGCUGCUCGGGGUGAAGGAGAACUUUAUGUCCAGGCUUUGAGGGGUCAGCCUCUGACACGUAUCUAUUCAGGGGUUAUGGCUGGGGGUGGGUUGUCUGCCUCUCUAUCUUGGUUGCUGCCUGGUGACUCGGGUGCCCUAGAAACCUGCCUCCUUUUUUGCUCCUAUUAGGCUCCUGCCCAUAUCCCAAAGACGGGAUCUUGGUGGCUUCUAAAAUGGGUUUGCCUUUUCACUCAGGGUAGCCACCCCUCAAAAAAAAAAAACAAAACAAAACCUAAUGAUUUAUUGAUUCCCUAACAUUUACUGCCGUCUGGGGACUUUUCCAUAGGCAUUUGUCAGCGGGAUAGGGGAGCUGAAUGUAUAUUCAACAAAGUUGGGAACACCAAGUUCUCUGGAGGCUGAUUUGAUACACAUUGGGCCACUCCCUGAAAAGACAUUCCCUCCCUUCCCCCCCCCCCAAAUUGGUAGGGCAUUCUUCUGGAACAAUCCCCGCUUAAGGAUUAUGGGGAAACUGAAGUACAGUUUCCAAGGACAGCUGAAGAGAACCCAGGCAUCCAGACCUCUAGUGUCCUUUUAAACCAUCCACAUCCCCCUUUUAUAGAAGGUAAAGAAGAGCAGUGAUUUUCUACUCAUCGCCACCACUACAGAUGGCCAUUCUCCCAUCCCCUCAUCCCCAGGGGAAGGUAAAGACUGACAGCUCCCACUAAGGCAUGGAAAAGCUCCCGAUGUAUGACUUCCAGAACCCCCUCCCUAGUCAGCCUGCCUUCUUGGGUUCCAGGAGAACUUCCUUUUCUCUUUCUAUUUACACUGGGCAUAAAGUGAGGAAGCUCCUAACAGUGAACUUUAGAUUUCCUCCCAAAAAUUUUGGGCAGUUGAGAUGAAGGUGAGAAGAGGAAUAGUUCUCCAGAUCAUGAAUCUCUAUUUUUCUGCUAAUACUCAGCAAUAUACAACUAAGCCACAUAAGGAAUGCUCUUAGAUAUGUGUGUAAGGAGACAACCCCAAAGAAAACACCUAUUUCCUAUUUUUAGAUACAGAAAAAAGAAGACAGUGUACUGCAUACACACAGCUAUUCUACAUAUAGAUACUAAAAAACCUGUACAAAGAGACAGAAAAAGAUCCGAGUUUCACAAAAACACUCAAGGUGCCCUUUUGGCUUAGGCACAUACUCUUUUUAGACUAACCCUUCCCAGGGCCUCCAACUCCACUUAAGAUCAGGAAGAAUGAGAGUUUGGAGACAACUUUAGAAAGUUGAGCUUUUGGCCAGAGGCAUUGGGGAGCAGCUCCUCCAGUGGAUACAACCCCACAUGGCAUUUGGGUGGGGCAAUGGUGGGGGAAUUUUGAAGAGAUGCUUGCAUGUGGCACUUGGAAACUCAUAUUUUAAAAUGAGCCAUUGAGUUCUGUAGUUUCCCCCUUAUUUUGUGCCUCAUUUUCCCUCUCUGUAGAAUGUUAGCAACAUUGACCCCAGGUCCAAAUGAUGGAAAAAAGACUUUCGAGUUGGCUUUCUUUAAUCCAGAACUGUCCCAUGGAGAUGGAAUGACCUAUUUCCUCCAAUUUUCUGGAGGAUAGAGUGGUUCUCAUAAGCCAGGCCCAGAAAAAAGCAGGGAGCUGAGCAUGGAUACAAAAUGUUCUGGAGAAAGUUUGGGGCCACACCCCAUGUCAUAGUUUGGGGAUAGGUCAGGGAAUCUGAUCCUAUACCCAUUCCUGCAUACACACAACUCUCAAUUCUACUCUGGGCUCCAGACAAGACUAGAAGACCCAGUUCAGCAGGUAAGAGGGGGUAUUCCAACAGGCUUUUUCUACUGCAUUUCAGUGAGAGCUUUCUGGGGCAUUAGUUUAUACAAAACUCAAUAGCUUGAUUGAGUCAAAGGUGUGAGAAUAGGGUCAUUCAAAGCCCAAAGGAGCUUUGGACACUGAAGGCUGGCUUGUCUGGGUUCCUCUUUGGUUCUGUUGGGCUGAGAAGAGGAGGUGCUAACAAUUCUAGGCCCCUGAACUUGUUUACAUUUACUGUCCUUUACCUUUGAGAGAGGGAACUCAGUCAAGCUGACAGUCCAUGUGUGUAACUAACCCUACAGCUUUGUUGAUGACUCAGCUCAUUGGUCUUCUGGCUGACUGACCAUUAUGUCACUGGCAAUGUACAUUUCCUACUGUGUCUGACCUUGGUUUGGCUGAGACUCAGAUUCUUGACUGUUCCACUUCUGAACUCUGCCUCUACCCUUGGGAUCACAGCAAGCGGCUGUAAUUGGGAACAGGAAAAAUGUUCAAAGUGAAAAUUCUUGCAUUAGCUUGAAGCCUUUUCUAGUUCUGCACUUUUCCACUAAAAUUCACCUACUAACAGCCUAGAAUGCCAGUUUGCAUAGCUUUCUUUCCCUUCCCUUAGUGAAUAAGAAAAAAAAGGGGGGGGGUCAGUUAUAGGAUGGAAGUCUUCCGAUUCAAGCCCAGAGCUUUUGAAA